UGUAAUUCUGUCAAAUUUAUUUUGUAACUCACUUUAUUGUAUUUCAUUUAAUAUUUAGAAAGAAAAAUUGACUAUGUGUGAGACUGUACCGUUUUUUAGGAAAUAUUGUGGAUUUAUUUCAUUACAACUUGGAAUGCUUUUUAUAAGCAUACAAAGUAUUGUAACUGGAGUAUUAGGCUUGUCUAUAAUAGAAGUACAAACGAACAUGGAUUAUUUGCAAGCAAAGAAUUUCACAGAAUCACUUCGGUCAACGGGUGCGAACCAUGUACUAACAAACCUUGACACUUCUAUUACUUAUGGAUUUACUUUAAUAUUCUUUGUGUACAUAUUUUUGGGUGUCAUUUUACUUAUUGCAACAUUUUGGGAUAACGAAUCGUUACUGCUGACAUUUGUUUGGGGUACAUUUCUGAAUGUAGCGUUCGGGUAUUCUAUUCUCGGAGGACUGGCGAUGGUCUGUAUAAUGGAGGAUGCCUGUUUGUUCAGCUCUAUGGAUUGGAUUUCAGCCUCCUUGCUGUUCAUAUUAUUGCUGUUAUUUUUCACUUUGUGGUUGUAUUACGGAUUCGUCGCGCACAGUUAUGUGGAAGAAAAGAAAAAUGUAACCGAAGACAGUAAUAAUUAAAAGUCCUCUAAAAAUA